CUUUACUGUCUUUUUUCUUUUAUUGGAUGAAAUUUUAACACCGCUGUCUCGUUCGUGCAAAGUAUUUUCUUUGCACCACCACCCCCCCCUUCGUCGCACGAAAUAAGCGUCGUAGAUCACGUUCGCUCAGCUGUUUUCAUCGUGUCGCAGAAACAGGAAAAAUAAUUCAUUUCAAAAGACAUUUUAAUAAUAAUCAUUUCAGGUUACUCGUUUACAUGGUCAUGCAGCUUCGUCUUUAGAGAGGACGUAUUUUUUGAGCCAGUGGCACAAUGCGCUCCCUUAAAGACGCCCAGCUAGGAGCCUUUACCUUCUUUGCCUCAGCUCUUCCACAUGAUGUCUGUGGAAGCAAUGGACUCCCUCUGACUCCCAACUCCAUCAAAAUCCUGGGACGUUUCCAGAUUCUCAAAACCAUCACUCACCCCAGACUCUGCCAGUAUGUGGACAUUUCCAGAGGGAAGCACGAAAGGCUGAUUGUUGUUGCCGAACACUAUGAGAACAGUUUAAGCAUUUUCCAAAAACCAGAAAACACACCCAGUGCGGAAAAGGUGCUGCAAAUAGCCUACGAGGUUCUUGAAGGCCUGGAGUUUAUGAACAAACAUGGUUUGGUGCACCGAGCCCUCAGCCCAAACAAUGUGCUCAUGGACUGCAAGGGGAACGUCAAGCUGGCAAAGUUCGGCCUUUAUCACAUGACUGAUCACGGGGCAGAUGUGGAUUUUCCCAUUGGGUACCCAUCAUACCUUGCUCCAGAGGUGAUCGCUCAGGGCUCCUUCCACCCCAGUGACCCUUCCCGUGAUGAAGCUCCUCUGCCCUCGGGACCAAAGUCUGAUGUCUGGUCGCUCGGCAUUUUGCUCUUUGAAUUGUGUGCAGGCAGAAGACUCCUGCAGAAUAUUGAUAUAAGCGAGAGGCUGAAAUUCAUUUUAACCUUGGGUUGCAUGGAUGACAUUGUCACUGUCCUUGCAGAGGAACAUGGUUGCUUGGAUACCAUUAAGGAGCUGCCUGACAGUGUUCUUGAGUUAUUAAGGAAGUGCUUGACCUUUCUUCCAUCUAAAAGGGCAACCCCUGCAGAACUACUGCGAGACCCUGUGUUUAAUGGCAUCUCCUGCCACUACACACCCUUCCAGAAGCCUGUCAGCCUGUUCUCCUCAUCCCUGCGCUGUGCACAUCUGGUGCUCCCAGAUGACAUCAGUGACCUUUGCAAAGACGACGAUGAGGAUUACCUGUCGGAGCGGGCCAUAGAUGAGGUUUAUUAUCUGUGGUGUCUGGCAGGUGGAGACCUAGAAAAGGAGCUCACCAACCAGGAAAUCAUUCAGUCCAAACCACCGAUCUCCACACUGCCCAAUUUCGUCUUGGAGGAUGGGGAGACGUUUGGCCAGGGCAGGGAUCGGAGUUUCUUGCUCGAUGACACGACAGUGACGCUGUCUCUGUGCCAACUCAGAAAUAGGUUGAAAGAUGUAGCCAGAGAAGCCUAUUACCCUCUCCUCGAAGACGAACAGUCGAGUUUGCCCCAGUCCAACAGCAGCAAUGAACUGUCGGCCGCCGUCACGCUGCCACUCAUCAUCCGUGAAAGAGACACCGAAUACCAGCUGAUCCGCAUCAUCCUCUUUGACAGAUUGCUCAAGGCCUACCCGUACAAGAAGACCCUAGUGUGGAAAGAAGCCAGAGUGGACAUUCCCCCGCUUGUACGAGGGCUGGCGUGGGCUGGCCUGCUGGGCAUUGAGGGUGACAUUCAAGCUAAAUAUGAAGGUAUAGACAAGGAUACUCCCAUACCAACUGACAGACAGAUUGAGGUGGACAUCCCACGGUGCCACCAAUAUGAUGAGCUGCUGUCAUCUCCUCAGGGCCACAUCAAGUUCAGACGUGUGUUGAAAGCGUGGGUGGUGUCUCACCCUGACCUGGUCUACUGGCAGGGUUUGGAUUCGCUUUGUGCCCCCUUCCUAUAUCUGAAUUUCAACAAUGAAGCUUUGGCAUAUGCCUGCAUGUCUGCCUUCAUCCCCAAGUACUUGUACAACUUCUUUCUGAAGGACAACUCUCAUGUGAUCCAAGAGUACUUGACUGUCUUCUCUCAAAUGAUUGCCUUCCAUGACCCAGAGCUAAGCAACCAUCUAAAUGAGAUUGGCUUCAUCCCAGAUCUUUAUGCUAUUCCCUGGUUCCUAACAAUGUUUACACAUGUUUUUCCACUGCACAAGAUCUUCCACCUGUGGGACACAUUGCUCCUGGGUAACUCCUCAUUCCCAUUCUGUAUUGGCGUAGCUAUAUUGCAGCAACUCAGGGACCGCCUAUUGGCUAAUGGCUUCAAUGAAUGCAUCCUGCUCUUCUCUGACCUGCCAGAAAUUGACAUUGAGCGCUGUGUCCGUGAGUCCAUCAGCCUGUUCUGCUGGACCCCAAAGAGCGCAACAUACCGACAACAUGCUCAGCCUCCAAAGGUUGCGGGCGACAAUGGCUUUGUGAAAACGUCAACAUACUACUCAUCCGACUACCAGGACAUGCCCAAGACAGACCUGUCUCGGGAGCCUCUGUCACUGGGUGACCUGAAAGCAGAAGUAUCUCCCAGGAUCUCAGCGGAGGACUUAAUUGACCUUUGUGAGCUGUCAUUGUCCGGGUCCUCCAAAAGGAACAAAACUGGCAAGCCCAAAAUUGUUGCAGUCGAUAUCCGCACUGCAGAAGACUUCAACAGAGGCCACAUUUCUGGAAGCAUCAACAUUCCCUUCAACACGACUUUUGGUCCGGAAAAUGAGGUGGUGCAGUGUCCUGCCGCAGGAGGCCUCCAGAGCUAUAGAGGGCGUGUCAUUGUGGUCAUCAGCCACAACAUGAAGAGUGCAGCUAUGUUUGCUGCACAUCUAGUGAAGAUGAGUUUUCCACGUGUUUGUAUCCUGGACGGAGGGAUCAACAAGCUGAAGCCCACCGGGCUCCUGACUGUCCCUUCCCCACAGAUCUGAGCCUCUGCCUUAGCUUGACUUUAAAAUAAAGGGAAAAUGAAAAGAUUGUAAAUAGUACUUUGAGCUGACACUGAAGUAAAAAAGGAAAUCUGUGAACAAACAUCACCAUUGCAUUUAGACUUUUUUACAUAAUCUAAUUGUUAACUGUUGCAAAAUGACUAACUGUAUUGAAAUAAUCUUUUUUUUUCUUUUUUUUACUCAUUUUGGUUUCAUGAUCAUGCUCACAGAGCCAUUAUUUGGUUAUUGUUCUGGCUUAUCAAACAAGAAUAACUGAUUAACAAGGUAAUGAUCCCAUGUAAAAGUGCAUUACACAGACUGAAAAAUGUGCGGCGCCCUAAACCAGCCUUUAUCAAAACUUGCUGUUUUAGAGCAGCUGCUACUGUACGUAGUGUAGUAGAUUACACUAAUAAUUCAGCUGACUGUGAUCACUGUGUUUGUGUGUGAAACAAUAAAAAAAACUCCCACAGCA